CCUGUUUCUCCGCCGGCCGGCGCCGGCGCGUUGGGUGCGAGGCGCGGCGGCGGCGCUCGGCGCCAUGGCGGCCGGCGGCGUGGAGGAGCGGGGCGGCCUGGAGGCUGUCGUGCGGGGUAGCUUUCGCCUCCUCCGGGAGCGUUGGGCGCGGCGGAUCCGCGACCGCGGCGGCACCGCGGGUCCCCCGCCUCCAGCGCUGCCGGAGGAGGCGGAGGAGGUGAGCGCCUUGCAGGCGCUGCCGAUCGACGUGCAACUGAACAUCAUGUCCUUCCUCUCGCCCCAAGAUUUGUGCCAUUUGGGAAGCACGAGUUGCUAUUGGAGGGCGGCUGUGCAAGAUCCGUUGUUGUGGAGGUAUUUUCUCCUGAGGGAUCUCCCCUUUUGGACAUCCGUUGAUUGGAAAUCGCUCCCAGAUGUGGAGAUUUUUAAUAAAGCCUUUUCGGAAGUCAGCGAUAAUGCGCUGUACGAUUACAAGGCAGUAUAUAAAAAAAGCUGUCCUCAGAGUAGAAGAAGUUUGAAAUCAAGCCGUCCCCGGUAUGGGACUGUGACUUCCUUUUUGCAAUCGCUGGUCACUCAAGCAGAGCCUCGCUUUGCUAUGUUUGGGCCAGGUUUGGAAGAGCUGGACAACUCUUUAGUGCAAAAGAUGAUGACAUGCCCGGAAAUUCUGCUAGUAGCUGGCCUACCCCAAAGACAAAUUCAUGGAAUUGGAUCAGGAGUCAGUUUUCAGUUUAAUAACAAUCAAAAAUUCAAUAUUCUGACAUUGUAUUCAACCACCAGUGUGGAAAGGAGGAGAGCAAGGGCAGAGCAAGUUGUUGCUGUGAAUAAGAUGUUCUACCAAGAGAACAGCAUAGUAGGGAAUCAGCAAGCUGUGCACUACAAUGUAAUAGCUCAAGUGAAAAAGGUGUGCGAAGUAGUUGAUGGAUUCAUUUAUGUUGCUAAUGCAGAAGCUCAUAAAAAACACGAUCGUCAAGAGGAACUGGCUCGUAUUUUGGCAAUGAUUGAUCCAGCUCUAGGGCCUCCGAAUAGACCUCUGCUAGUUUUGUCCUGUGUCUCUCACUCUGCUGUGAAAAGAAUUCCGUGUGUUUACAUGGCACAUCACUUGCAACUAAAUCUGCUACAUCAGCCCUGGAUGGUGCAGAACACUGUAGCUGCAACUUUAGCUGGAUUGCUAAAUGGAAUUGAAUGGCUCCUGGAAGAAGCAAAUUGUAAAAAUGCACAGUAAUGGAACUGUGCAUUGUUUUACUGUAUAGAGACUUCGGUGCUUUGCAGUUAGAGGAAAUAAGAAUCUUGUCCUGACAAAGCACUGUCAGAAGGGAGAUGUAAAAGGCAAAUCUGCUUAUAUUUCACUGCACAUACUUUAAUGAUUAACAUUCUUCCAACUAUAGUCCUGAGUUAGAAGUAUGAGUAGGAUUGCCUAGAUUCCAGCAGCUGAUGAAGUGAUUGGGGGGGGGCAAUGUGGGUGUUUUGUUUUUUUUUUCUUUCAAGCUGGGACCUUUAGAGUGCAAUCUUCUCUCACUAAAUCUUAUAAUCUAAUCUCUUCUGUAAAUAUACCUAACACUAGCUUAGUUUAUCAGCACAGCCCUAUGGCAGGCAACACACAUUCAUAUGUAUACAUUUAUAAGUAUAUUCAGUGGAGAUGUUGACAGUGAUGGUUCCCAACCAAAGAUGAUGUACUGCAUGUUAAACAGUAGUAAGUUGACAGAAAGUAAGUCUUUCAAAAGGGUAAUUUCCUCUGUAUUUAUUUCAGAAACAAUGCCUAGACAAGAAAUAACACCUGCAGGAGAAUUGUUGGCCCAGAAGCAAACAAACUGCUGUGUAUGAAUUGGUUAUUUGUUGUUGUGAUCUUAUUUAUUAAUCAACCACAAAAGAUUCAGCAUCUCUGCUUUCUGUUGCAGUGAAAUUAUUAGCUUGAACUGGACAUACCUCUGAUGUCACGAAUAAAUGUCAAAUCAUUAGUACUUUGGGAUAUUUAUCAAAUACAUAGAACCUAGCGGUUACUCAAAUAGUUGUGGCCAUUUGCAGAUGUGAAAUGUACUUGGCUUGAAAUUUUCUACACAGUUACAAAUAUUUUUAUAAAAAGGGAAACAUUUUAGAGCUGGAAUUGCAUUUUUCAUAUUGAUGUCAUUUGGAUAGUCUUAGUCUUCCACUUUUUAAAUGUUUUUUUAAUUACUGGAUGAAUGAUCAGCAAUUUCCCUUAGAUUUCUGGCCUGUGCACGUAUUUGUUUUGUUCUGCUUGUUUUGUUUUGUUUUUUUCCUCUCUCUCCAUGGAAAUGCAAUAGUCUAACUAUUUUUCUCUUGGUACCUAUAUAAAUUACUACAUGGUGCACAUCAGCUGUAACUGCCCCUCAUUCUGGCAUAUGUGUGUGAUGCUUAACACAGCUGUGUCAGAAACAUUCUAUUUGAGAAGUUUUUUAUUUUUUAACGAACUAGGACAGGCACAGGAAGUGCCUUUUUUUCAUCUUUACACACAACUCAGCUUUCUAGAUGUUUUUAUAUGUCUUCUAAUCAGGAUGUGAGAGUUUCAAGGGAAAAUCCCUGGAAGCUAUACUAUUGUAAUUCUGUAUUUGUUUUUUUUUUUUUUAGUGUUUUUAUUUUUUGUUUUUUAAUAGGGUAUGUGUGCUUUGCCCUUUAAAAUAGAGAAGACACAAAAGAUUUGUGAGUAUUUUGGGGGGAAGUUCCACACUUUGUGACUGGGUUUAUGUGACUUUAUUGCUAGUCAUAAUAAUUCUGUAAUGAUCCUUGUGUAGAUGGUUAAAUGCAGCAACCUGUUGCUAUGUUAGUUAUUACAAAUAUUUUUUUUAAGCAAGAUCCUCAUUCUGCUUUCUUUAUAAGGAAUAAAUUAUUCUUUAAAGAGUGGUAUUUACAAUCUUUCUCUGUGUGUUAAGCCUGCCUGCAUGUGUGCACACAUGUGUGCAUGCACACAAAAUGUCUGCAGUCAUGUUGUCCUAACUAAUAAAUUAUCAUCUCAUCAUUA